AUGGCGCCAUGGGUACUGCGCGACUCGACAGAACACGACGGCCUCACGUACACCCGCCCUCUCGGUCUCAGCGAGAUGGGAUACCACUGGGACAGCUGCUUCAACGGCACCACCGACCUGGUGUGGCACUACGUGACGGAGUCACAUCGUCCCGAGCAUUUCGACCAGGCGAACGUCGUGCGCACGUGGAUCGCUAUGAAACAGUACCAUCCGCUCCUCGGCUCGCGCCUCGAAGGGUGGGCACAGAGCCCUUCUAAUGCCGUGCGUAUGGUCGUCUCUGAGAGGCGGUUAGCGGAGCUCGUCCCAGGCGAGCUACAGUUUCAAGAGGCCGCGACGCCUGACGCAGUGCAGUGCCUCAUCGACGACAUCAUCUACGGCGAGCAGCGGUCAUUCCCAGACCUUCCCGUUCGCGUAUUCAUUCUGGAUCGCACGGACCAGCCGGGUCUUCACCACAUCAUCUUCAAUACAGCGCAUCUAAUAGCCGACGGCGUGUCGCACACCGUGCUAUGUCGUACGUUCUUCGACAUCCUCACGUCCCCGCCUUCGCAGGAGGUACCUGAUCUGGAGAAACGGCUCGCAAUGGUGGUGGCUUGCGAGGAUUUAAACCCUGCGUCAAAACUCAGUGUUCCCCGCCAAAGAUGGAGGCGCGCCAUCGCCUCUGUCAUAUUUGCCUUGCGCCGGAAAAGGAUGCAGGGAGGUCAGCCGCUCCCGGGCAAGUAUAAUACUGGCACUUACCACACACCUUCCCGUAAAGAAGAUCUCAGGCUUCGCCUGACAGAGUCUUCCACUGCCAACAUACUCGACAAUUGCCGCAGGCAUGGCAUCACUCUUGCGGCGGCCCUCCCAGUUCUGGCACAAUUGGCCGCGGCGAGAACACUACACAUACAACAUGUUCUCGGCAAAAUAUCUGACGCUGACUGGGAGCAGCGCAGGCGAGAGCCGAUGCACUUUUUUCUGCCGGUGAAUUUGCGGCCAUACCUAGACGGCGACUGGCGAGAGCGAGGAGGCUUCGCGCAAGUUUUCCUUUCCGUCAACCUGUUCUACUGUUCACUCCCUUUCCUGCCUUCCCAAGCAUCUGCCGGUGGUGGGUCGAGAAUUUCUGCUACAUCACCCUCUUUCUCGACUUUGCUAAGUCGGGAACAUUUCCUCCUGCGUUGCGAUAUUGUCAAGAAACAGAUGGCCAGCUACAUUGCACACCCACUCUUUCUCGAGAUAGUGGAAGCUGCUACGAAGAGUUCAGUAGCUAGACGAAAAAUGAUCUACGAGCACUGGCAAGCAGCAAUACAAGGCCGCAAAUUAACAGGAGAAGAUGUACCCGUUAGCGUCUUCGCAGACGAUUUGACCUACAGUCUCGGGUUAUCCAGCGGCGGAAAUUACGAUUCGGUCCAACCUAGUAACUAUCCUCUCGCUCCCGACCAUCCCUUGUCAUCACAAACUAUUCAAACAUCAAAAUCAUCCACUCCUGACAGUCAGCAGAUAAGACAAUACGAAACUCUGCAUAUCACAUCGUGGGAGACUCAUCUGCAUGUACGGCCAGCGUAUUUCUACCUUGGUGCAGUCACCACAAAGAAGCAACUCACGCUGCUCCUCAGUUGGGAUGCGAAUGUCUAUGAACAUGCCUUCGCGGAACGAUGGCUUAAAGGAGUCGAAGAAGCACUACUAUGGUACUUGGAAAGGUCAUGA